CCCGGCCGUUUACAGAAGAGCACACGCGCCGGCUAAGAUGGCGGCUAUCGUGGAGGAUUCACGUGGAGAGAGAAAAGUCGCCGGCACCGAAAUGGGAGAAAACGAUAGUGGUUCUGAUUGGAGCUCAGACAUUCCAGAGGACAGUUUUUCAUCUGGGGACGAAGUGCUGGAUGGUGAUGAUGAGGAUGAGCCUACAACCCUGGACCCCAAAGUUCCCGAUAUGGCAGAGCCCAAAGACACAGGGAAUGCUGGCUGGGCUGAUGCUAUGGCCAAAAUUCUUAAUAAAAAGACUCCCCAGAGUAAACCCAUCAUAUUGGUUAAAAACAAAGCUCGAGAUACUGAACGAGAAAAGGAAAAGCAAGAGAGACUGGAGAAGAGGAGGCAGCUUGAUAAAAAGCGGGAGUGGGAAAUGAUGUGCAGAGUGAAGCCAGAUGUUGCCAAAGACAGAGAAAUGGAGAGAAACCUUCAGAGAAUUGCCACGAGGGGAGUCGUCCAGUUAUUCAAUGCGGUUCGGAAACAUCAAAAAAAUGUUGAUGAGAAGGUGAAAGAAGCAGGGAGCUCUGAGAGAAAACGGGCAAAAUUAAUCUCAUCUGUUUCAAAAAGAGACUUCAUUGAUGUUCUAAGAGGAAUGGAAGGAACAGAAACAGAACGAAAUAUUGCAAGGAAGUCCUUGAAAAGCAACCAGGCUGAAUCAAAGUCAGAGGAUGAGCCAGCGUGGAGUAUAUUGCGAGAUGAUUUCAUGAUGGGAGCAUCAAUGAAAGACUGGGAUAAAGAGACUGAUGGAGAAAAUGAUGCUGAAGAGGAAAGUGGUAUCCAGCAGGACAGCAGAAGUGACUCAGAUUGAUGAAAACCAAACUGGUUUUAAAAACUGUGUAUAUUUUUGUUGAAUAUAUGUAAGAAUUUUUGUUUGAGUAAAGGCAUUUUUAUGUGGCA